AUGCCGGAAGAGACAGAUGCCGGAAUUGGGGACCAUGCGGAAGAGCAUGUCGGUGUUGGCGCCGAUAAGGAGAAAAACGUUCCUGAUGCCCUAACUCGACUUACUAGCACUUUGACACCCGUGCAUCUGCGCAAAGCAAAGCUCAUGUUCUUCUAUACGCGAUAUCCAAACUCUACUUUGAUCAAGAUGUACUUUCCAGACGUGAAGUUCUACAAGAACAACACAGCUCAGUUGGUAAAAUGGUUCAGCAACUUCCGUGAAUUCUACUACAUCCAAAUGGAAAAGUUCGCGCGUGUGGCCAUCUCGGAAGGGGUACGCUCAGCGGAUGAGAUUCAUGUGACCACGGACUCAGAACUCUACCGGGCGUUGAAUCUGCACUAUAACAGGAAUCAACAGUUGGAGGUACCCGACCAUUUUCGAAUUGUGGUCGAAGCAACUCUGCGCGAGUUUUUCAACGCACUCAUGACAGGAAAGGACACGGAGCAAUCUUGGAAAAAACCAAUCUACAAAAUCAUUGCUCGCAUGGAUCAACCAGUCCCGGAGUUUUUCAAAAAUCCAAACUGGAUGGAACAGUUGGCUGAUGGAUAA